CCCUCUGGAGUUGCUCUGCUGUCAUGCAUCGGAAUGACACAACCAGAGUGCGGUGUGAUGCGGAGGAGCUGAAGUUGGCAAAUACAUUUUUGUCUAAAAAAGCCACUCACAUUUCAAGGUGGAUAUUACACGUUAAGGCGGGCUUGACUCACUGUUGGUCCGUUAGGAGAAGGCUCACUCUUGAUGGGAAAGGUAAAGCGGAAAAAAGGGGGACAAAUCUCCGCUCAAGCGCGAAGCAGAGGGCUCGCGGGGCUCCUUGUUUGAGGGGGGAAAUGUAGUUUACCGCCGAGGGAAAGUCGGAGCAUGUAGAAGGAAAGCCGCCACUGCGACCCAAUCCAGACAUCCAGCUCGAUAUGUCUAAUGUGACGCCGAGUAAGAGUGUGGAAUGGCUGCAAAUGGAGUUGGAGUGCGGCGCCACUUCUGUGCUCCUGCUCGACUGCCGCGCACACGAGCUCUACGAGUCGUCUCACAUCGAGGGCGCCAUCAGCGUGGCCAUCCCGGGCCUCAUGCUCCGCAGGUUCAAGAAGGGCAACAUCCCCAUCCGGACCAUCAUCCCUAACCAUGAGGACAAAGAUAAGUUUACACGCCGGUGCCAAACAGACACGGUGGUCUUGUACGACGAGAGCACCGUGGGAUGGCCGGACAGCGGAACCCCGUCAUCGGUUUUGGGUCUGCUUCUUCAAAAACUGUGGGAGGACGGUUGUACAGCGCACUACCUGGAAGGGGGAUUUGUAAAAUUCCACACAGAGUACCCAGAACACUGUGAGACACUCCUUGACAGCUCCUGUCCAAGCUCCUCUCCUCCACUGGCCUUCUUGGGCUUUGGAAAUCUACGGAUAAGCUCAGACUGUUCAGACGGGGAAUCUGAUCGCGAACCCAGCAGUGCCACAGAGUCAGAGGAGAGCCCCCUCCCCAGUAACCAGCCUGCCUUCCCGGUCCAGAUCCUUCCUUACCUUUACCUGGGCUGUGCCAAAGACUCCACCAACUUAGACGUGCUGGGCAAAUACAACAUCAAGUAUAUCCUGAACGUCACACCCAAUCUCCCCAACAUGUUCGAACAUGACGGACACUUCAGGUAUAAACAGAUCCCCAUUUCGGACCACUGGAGUCAGAAUCUGUCCCAGUUCUUCCCAGAGGCUAUAUCAUUUAUAGAUGAGGCUCGGUCCAAGCAGUGCGGCAUCCUGGUCCACUGUCUAGCUGGCAUCAGCCGCUCGGUUACCGUCACCGUGGCCUACUUGAUGCAGAGACUUAACCUGUCGCUCAAUGACGCUUAUGACUUUGUCAAGAGAAAGAAGUCCAACAUUUCCCCAAACUUUAACUUCAUGGGUCAACUGUUGGACUUUGAGCGGACACUGGGCCUGCACAGUCCCUGUGACAACCGCUCCACUAGUGAUGAGCAGCUCUUCUUCACCACGCCGACCAAUCACAACGUCUUUCAGCUGGACACACUGGACUCAACAUGAGGCGGCCUCAUGGACGUUGGUGGUGGCAGUUUGAGCUUGUCAGCUUCCUGACUGGCUAACAUCGGCAGUAUGUCUCUGCAGUAUGUCUCUACUUAAGCUGACACAGCCUGAAUGCAGAGAACCAGCUCUGUUUGAGUCAGUGUCUGAUGCCUUAUUAUGUAACACAAGGAUGAUUUUGUUAAUCAAUACAUGACAUUAAUACAUAGUCAUGUGCCGCCAUAAUAGCAGGACAUGUUCAAAUGUUUCUGUUGGGUUUGCUAUUUGACUGUUAAUUGUCCUUCACCAGCUAUACAUUUUCCUCACAUCAUUAACUAUUUCUGCUUCUGUGGUCUUAACAGGAGUUUUUGUCCAAUCAGAAUGUUUUGUAAGCUGAGAGAAAUAAGCUAUUUCAGCUAUCCGGCCUUGGAUUUCUGUCCACCUCAUUAAUUCUGGUUGAGCAGCUCUUGUGCAAUAGAAACAAACCAGCACAGAGACGAGUGGGUCGUGUUUUAUAAGUCAGGUUGCUCCGACUAAUGUUGGUGAACAACAGGACGUUACGUUUAACUGGCUGCUUCCUGCAAAAUUAAAUUGACAGCAGAUGUAUUCUUUUUCUGUUGCUUUCAGCUGAAUUAUUGGCAUGAUCGUGUUCCACAGCCAAUCACAGACCUUGUUUUGUUUUUAACUUUGACACCGUAAAAUGUACCUCUGUGUCAGUUACUAGAUUAAAGUAUGGUGUAAGGAUCGCCUUCAGGCACGAUGGACAGACACAAACGUAUGCAGUCACACAGCAGAUGGUGGCAAGUCUUGUUUUGCACUCCCGACAGUUUUCAGUCCGGAGCUCCUCCCUCUGUGUCACAAUAACGUUCAAAGGAAACGUGAUGGCACGUAAUUAGCUGUCUACUUGCCUCCUGGUCUCCCGCCUAACAAGCGUGUCUGACACAUUAGAAUGAGUGAAAGUUGGACUAAUGUGUUCUUACCUCACGUGAGAGAUAUUUUUCAGGGAUUUUUGUACAAGGCCUCUGUAUCAUGUCAUGGCAUCUCAAAGUGCAUCUAAGGGCUGUAUUGGUUGUUAUGUUUGUAAAGAAUUUGUUAUGGGGAACCUUUUCUCAAAAAUAAUGAAGGAUCCAAAAUUGACCUGAUUCUGACCCUUACAUGGUGUAUGUAUAACUGAAAUGUCGAAGGUAUUCUGUACAAGUUUAUA